AUGUCUAAGCAGGCCCGCAUUGUCCUUUACAUCCUCCGUCGGGACAUCCGCCUCUCCGACAAUCCGGCAUUCCACGCUGCUGCACAGCAAACGCAACGAGCUAAUAGCAGGAAAUCCUCGCCUAAUGGUGAGCGCAGGGGCCGUGAUGAUUCCUUGACCUCGGAACACGGCGGCGCGCCUUUUACGCACUUUUUGCCCGUAUACGUGUUUCCCCCCAAACAGAUUGAAACUUCCGGAUUCCUCGCGUCGCCAUCAGACAAAAGUCCAUAUGCCGAAGCACGCAGCCAGUUUGCAAAAGUAUGGCGUACAGGACCGCAUCGCGCCAAAUUUAUAGGGCAGGGUGUUUGGGGUCUCAAGCAACAACUGGAAAACCUAGGUUGUGGAUCUGGCCUGGAAAUGCGCGUGGGCAUGGUCGACGAAGUAGUCCGGGACUUCAUUAACUCAUAUUCCCUCAAGGAUGGAGAAGAUGAGAGCAAGCCUAAAAUCACCGGAGUGUGGAUGACCAGCGAUGAUGGUACAGAAGAGAGGGAUGAAGUCAAAGCUGUGCGAAAGGUCGCUGCAGAAAACGACAUACCAUUCAAAUUAUGGGCUGACGAGAAGUUCUACAUAGACGAUGGUGGAGAAGAACACGGGCUCGAUCGAAUCGCACACCUCAUCAGAAGCGGUGCAAUGAGCUCAUAUAAAGCCACGAGAAACGGCAUGCUCGGGUUGGACUUCAGUACCAAACUUUCUGCAUAUCUCGCACAAGGUCACAUUACCGCACGGCAAGUGCACUGGGCCAUGAAAGACUUUGAAGAAGGACGUGGUGAAGGAAAGGGUAUCGCAGGUUACGGCAAAGGCGAAAACGAGGGCACAGCAGCUGUUCGGUUUGAGCUACUAUGGAGAGACUACAUGCGCCUUUGUAUGCGCAAGUUUGGUCACAAAAUGUUUGCGCUAUACGGCAUUCAACCUCACCGUAAAGGUCAAGGUGAUGAACCCAUAUACAAGAAGAGGUGGCGAAUGGUACAUAAGCCCAAUGGCGCUGGCGAUGACCACAAAAAGAAUAUGGAAACAUUCCAGCGCUUCCGGUCUGGACGUACCGGAGUUGGUCUCAUCGAUGCUUCGAACCGAGAAUUGUUCUGCACCGGAUAUACGUCGAACCGCGCACGGCAAAAUGUCGCCUCUUUCCUCUCCUCGCAUCUCGACAUCGACUGGCGUAUUGGCGCAGAGUGGUACGAGAUGCUGCUUAUCGACUACGACGUAGCCAGCAACUGGGGGAACUGGCAAUAUGUCGCAGGUGUAGGCAACGACCCGCGACAAGGCCGCAUCUUCAAUCCCGUAAAGCAAGCCUUCGACUACGAUGGAAAGGGCGAGUACAUCAAGGCAUGGGUGCCGGAGCUGCGGCAACUCAAACUCACCAAGACGGUCGCCCCUGGAAAGGAAGAAAUAGAUCAGCAACGACUGAUGUUGCUCUACCAAGCGUGGAGGCUGAGCGAUUGGGAAAAGAAUAACCUCGGUCUCAAGGGAUGCGAAUGGGUCGAGCAGCCUCUGACCCGCAUACAAUUCUCGGUCGGUCGCAAAGGGCCACAAGAUGGCCGUGGAAAGAGAGGAGGUGGCGGCGGAGGUGGAGGUGGAGGCGGAGGCGGAGGAGGUCACUGGCGAGCCAGUGGGCGAGGACGAGGCAGCAGGGAUUUUCGACGAGGGAACGAAGAGAGGAACAAUGUUGCAAGAUACGACGAUGGGCCAACGAUAGUCACAUCAAGCGGCUAGCAGGCGCAAGAGGAGGUUUAGGUUGGAGAUUUGGGUGUUGGAGUAUCUAGGCAUUGUCGUGCUUUACCUGCUUGCAGGACUUGUGGGGAGCUUUAGCUUUGCUUGUAUCGUGUUAGAGAAUGCAUUUUAUUCGAA